AUGCCGUUUAGAUUCCCAGUCAAGUUUGAGAUCCCCAAACACACACAUAUAAACGCUCGUGUUCUCAGGGACCAUUUCAAAAGACUACAAUUUGCAGAGCAUGAAGUUACGAGAAACGCUUUGAAAUAUAUUGCACGCAACGAGGAACUUCCAUCAAGGGCUAGGGUCGAAGCACAAUUACAAUUGGCAAGUAUGCCCAAGUAUACCUCAUACGUGCAAAUAAGAGAUAGGUGUGUUGCUACUGGAAAUUCAAAAUCAUUAAUUCGCGAUUUUAAAUUGAAUAGGACAGCAUUUAGAGAUAGAGCCAGAGCUGGCCAAAUUCCUGGUGUUAAAGUUGCAUCCUGGUAG